AUGCCAGAGCCUUCAAAGUCUGCUCCGGCCCCAAAGAAGGGCUCUAAGAAGGCCAUCACUAAAGCGCAGAAAAAGGAUGGCAAGAAACGUAAGCGCAGCCGCAAAGAGAGCUAUUCCAUUUAUGUGUACAAGGUGCUUAAGCAGGUCCACCCGGACACGGGGAUCUCGUCCAAGGCCAUGGGCAUCAUGAACUCCUUCGUCAACGACAUCUUCGAGCGCAUCGCCGGCGAGGCGUCUCGCCUGGCGCAUUACAACAAGCGCUCGACCAUCACGUCGCGGGAGAUCCAGACGGCCGUGCGCCUGCUGCUGCCCGGGGAGCUGGCCAAGCACGCCGUGUCUGAGGGCACCAAGGCCGUCACCAAGUACACCAGCUCCAAGUAAGUGCCUAUGUAGGCACUUCUCAAACCAACGGCUCUUUUCAGAGCCACCCACUUU